CUGCAGCUCAAUGGAUAAAACAGCAUGCUCUGCACAGGCACGCUGCCUUCACAACAGGACCCUCCCCAGGAAGAUAACGGAUGCCCAGAGAGGGAAGAAUGAUUUCAGCUGCACAUGUUUAGGUCCUCUUAGCAAGACAUCUGAGGAAACAGAAAGUGGAGAAUUUGGAUAGCAGAGUAUGACAUGUUCUUUAACAUAAGGAAAAAAAUGAUGUCUGAAUAUGGAAUACAGAUCUGACAGCAGCUGAGAGAGAUCUGCAUGGGACAGCCUGCAACUUUUUAACCACGCUUUGGCUAUCAGGAGAACUUGGGACUCUUUCCCCCAGACUUGCCCAUGUCAGUAAGUCACUGACAGACGGUUGCAAGAGGCAAUCAAGAUAACCUGAACUCUUUAACAACACUCACUCUGCUGACUGUUACACAGGAGAAAAUGUGGCUGUCUGUUUGUUUUAUUGUGAGCUGGAGUCUUGUACUAGUUUCAGGAUACAACUCCUUUCGGAAAAGUAUAGAGACCCUAGGCAAGAAACAAUACCAAGUCCAGCAUGGAUUGUGUAGCUAUACUUUUCUGCUGCCAGAGAUGGACAACUGCCGAUCUUCUUCUACUUCCUAUGUUUCUAAUGCAGUACAGAGAGAUGCACCUUUAGAUUAUGAUGAUUCCAUACAAAGGCUUCAGCUUCUUGAAAACAUCCUGGAAAACAACACUCAGUGGCUAAUAAAGCUUGAAAAUUAUAUCCAGGAUAACAUGAAAAAAGAAAUGGUAGAAAUCCAGCAGAAUGCAGUGCAGAACCAGACGGCAGUAAUGAUUGAAAUUGGCACAAACCUUUUAAAUCAAACCGCUGAACAGACUCGGAAAUUAACAGAUGUUGAAGCACAUGUAUUGAAUCAGACAACAAGACUUGAGCUUCAACUUCUGGAACAUUCCCUUUCAACUAACAAGCUAGAAAUGCAGAUUUCAGAUCAGACCAGUGAGAUUGGUAAACUGCAAGAAAAAAACAGCUUUUUAGAAAAAAAAGUCCUUGAAAUGGAAGACAAACAUACACUCCAGCUACAAUCAAUAAAGGAUGAAAAAGAUACACUUCAGUCAUUAGUUUCCAAACAGAACUCCAUCAUCGAAGAACUAGAGAAGCAGCUGGUUACUGCUACAGCUAAUAACUCUCUUCUGCAAAAACAGCAGCAUGAUCUGAGAGAAACAGUGCAGAACUUGUUUUCCAUGAUUUCUACACCAAAUCCAUCCAAGAAUGCUUUGGUGGCUGGAGAAGAACAGAUCAAUUUCAAGGACUGUGCUGAAGCAUUCAGAUCAGGACUUACAACCAGUGGCAUCUACACACUGACAGUGCCUAAUACAGGAGAGGAGAAAAAGGCAUAUUGUGACAUGGAAACCAGUGGAGGAGGUUGGACGAUAAUUCAACAACGUUCAGAUGGCAGUGUAGACUUUGACCGAACAUGGGCUGAGUACAAAACGGGAUUUGGGAAUCCUUCUGGAGAACACUGGCUAGGAAAUGAGCUAGUUUUUCAACUAACCAGCCAGAAGCAGUAUGCUCUUAGAAUAUACUUGAAAGACUGGGAAGGAAAUGAGGCAUAUUCCUUAUAUGAACAUUUUUAUCUAGCAAAUGAAGAACAAAAAUACAGGAUCAACCUUAAAGGACUUACUGGUACAGCCGGCAAAAUAAGCAGCAUAAGCCAGCCAGGAAAUGGGUUUAGCACAAAGGAUGCAGACAAUGACAAAUGUAUCUGCAAAUGCUCACAAAUGCUAACAGGAGGAUGGUGGUUUGACGCAUGUGGUCCUUCCAAUCUGAAUGGUGUCUAUUAUCCACUGCGACAGAACACAAACAAAUUUAAAGGGAUUAAGUGGUACUACUGGAAAGGAGCAGGCUAUUCUCUCAAGGCCACAAGUAUGAUGAUCCGACCGGCGGAUUUCUGAAAGUAUUUGCACUUGCAUACUGAAAUAACUUCAAAAUACUUCACUUGACAAGUAUUCCAAUUUUAAACAGCUACAGAUCAAACUUGACUGCUCUUCCUGCCAAGACAAUAUGCUUAAGUAUGCUGCAGGAAUCACGUCCUGAAUUAAAGGUUCAGGACGGUUAAAUGUCAAGGAACUAGAGAUAUCUGAUGGAAGAAUGAUUUGGCAAAAAGAAAGAGCUAGAAAGAUGCUACCCAAGUUUAAGGACUACAAUGUCUUCAGCAUUUAUAGCACAUGAGCAUAACUGGAACUGUGAAAUACAUCUAGAUCAUCAUAUACAAUUACCAAGCUUAAGAAUUUUUAUGCUUUUUCACCGAACUCUAAGUGCCUCCUUAAAAAGACACUCCAUUGUAAACUAUAUCCUACUCCUUUCUCAUGCCAUAGUUGUAAGUAUGUAGAUAAUGUGGUGUUUUGUAAUUAAUUUCUGUAUUUAGAUUCUUACAAUUAGUAAUCACACAUUCAGGGAUAUUUGGUAGCACAGGCUAGUAUAUUUAAUAUGCUUUUGUAAUAUACAUACAUACAUACAUACAUACCUAUGUAUAUUUCUCCACUUUACAUGUCUUCUUUAAAAGUCCAGUACUGUGUAUAAUUAGAUCACAUUUUUUAUUUCUUAAAAUGUCCUGAAUUUGUAUCAAUAUUUUAAGACUGAAAUAUCCCUGCAGCUGAUAAGAGUUUUAUUAUGUGACUGAAAUAUAAUUUGUACAAAAGUGACCAUUUUUCUUUCUCAGUUCCUUUAUUUUAAUAUUACUUGGUAAUUAAAAUUACUCAGUAUUUUGAAUACAUUUUAAACAAUCCCAAACCAAACAACUUUUGCUUUCUCUAGCUGAAAAUUAGCUACUGAUGAAAAGUUUCAAGUGUGCAUAUUCCUUUACCAAUGAGUAUUCAUCGAGGAAGGAAAGAAGAUAGCCCUAUCUAUCAACAUUUGAUCUGCAAUGCUGUAAACAAAUCAUUAUCCUCUUGAUUUUGCAUGAUAAAUGUGACUUUUUCUGAGUAGCUUUUAAAAAUGAGCUUUUAUUACUUACAGGAGCUGCAGGGAAAUCCACUGAGAGCUCACAGGGUUCUUCAGAAAUCCAGUGGCUGUAUUCUAGAGACCACAGCACCUACAAAGUAAAGGGGAGGAAACUGUAACCAAUAGUUGUAUUCAAAAGCAAUGAAGUAGGACUUUUUUGAAUAUAUUAUAAAAAAUAAAUUAGGAGCUGAGUGGCCACUGCAAAAAACAGUAGUAUGAUUUACACACACUAUGGCAAAGAAAAUACUGUACACCAUAUAUAGUUUAGUCUAUUUAAACAUUUCUUAGAAGUGAAAAUUUCAGCUUAACAAAUACAAACUGAACAAUGAUAUGCUGGCAAUGUAAUGGACAUAAAUCUGAGGCAAGGAACUGGACUCUAAUAAAAGUAUGAAUGGAGGUUUCCAAGUCUGUUUCUGGAUGCAUAAUGCUAUUUCAGGUGGCACACAGUGGCUUUUUCAAAUUUUGGAUCAAGCAGUUGAUGCCUGAGCUGUCACAAAGCCUUCUUGGGGUACUCCCAUUUUCAGAAAUUUGCUUCAUAGCAAAGGGAAUAUUUUUUUUCAAGAACACAACCCAAACAUCAUUUUGAGAAUGAGAAAAAGUUGCCUGGUCCUUGGAAUCCAGCCCAGCCCUUCCAUGUUCAAAGAGCCACACAAGAAUACCAGUGCUAACAUUUUACAAAAUUUUAUUUUGGAAGGUUUUAUGAGACAUCCUGAUAAUCUGAAAAAUGAAUUAUGAUCAUAUUUUUUAAGCAAGUGGACGCAGGUAUACUGUAGCUGCAGUCAUUCAGGAAAUGAAUGAAUGUGUCUUGUACCUUUAAGGAUGAACAGUGAGAUUCUGUUUUCCCAGUGUAGCCCUGUGAACCUAUCCAAACACUCUCCCUUUAAGCUGGUUUGGGUGAAGUUCCAGGACAGUGUUUAAUGUGCUAAAAAUCCAGCAGCUAGAGAAAUAGCUUGGUGGAAGCCAGAAACUCUGUUCAGUGUGAUAUGGAGUGCCGUCCACUUUUGCCAGAGGUCUAAAACGGUAGGUCUAAAAGGUAUUAACCUCAGGAUGUGGGAAUACAUUUUGAAUGCAACACAUAAUUGUCACAACAUGUUAUGUCAUUAUUUAAUGUCUUUUGCAUCAUUUUCUUGUAGCAAUGGUCCCAGAUGUUUUACUAGCUGAGGGAAAGAAUAUGAUGCCCCUUACCACAAUUCCAUGUAGAGAGGCAACUGUUAAAUUUUACCCUAUCAUGGGUGACGGGACAGUAAUUCCACUGGAGA